CAAAAAGUCUAUAAAGAUUGUCAAGAAGAUUCAGUUUCUUCUAUCAUUUAACAAAGAUCAAAGAAGAAUAUAAACAGACCAAACAUGUCUGUCGGAAUAAACGCCAGGAUGGUGGCGCUUGCGGUACACGCGCUCGCCGUAGUCGCCUCCGUGAUGGUGUUGAUUUGGUCAAUAAGUUACAGAGGUGGAUUUGCGUGGGAAUCUACCAACAAGACCCUCAUCUUCAAUCUUCAUCCUGUUUUGACGCUCAUCGGCUUAGUAAUUCUGGGAGGCGAAGCAAUUAUAAGUUACAAAUCGCUUCCGUUUGAGAAACGAGUUAACAAACCGAUCCACCUUGUUCUCCACGCAACCGCCAUUAUUCUUGGAAUUUUGGGAGUCUAUGCGGCUUUCAAGCACCAUAACGAGAAACACAUCCCAAAUCUCUAUACCAUCCAUUCUUGGGUUGGUAUUAGUGUCAUUGUCCUUUACUCUCUCCAGUGGCUGUAUAGCUUUAUUGUCUACUUCUUCCCAGGAGGAUCAUCAACUCUCAGAAGGGACUUACUUCCGUGGCACGUUUUCCUCGGUGUCUUUGUGUAUGUUCUUGCAGUUGGAAACUCGGUUUUAGGGUUUCUUGAAAAGCUUACUUUCUUGGAAAAGUCAGGGCUCGACAAGUUUGGAUCAGAAGCGUUCCUUGUCAACUUCAUGGCUAUUAUCACUAUUCUGUUUGGUACUUUCGUGCUACUCAUUGUUUACUCCAAUAAGAAGACUCCUUCGAUUGAAGAAGAUAACUAUAGCUACUCAGCUAUAUGACUAUUCAGUUUUACUUUCCUUUGAAGUUUCUUUGUUGUAAACCUAAUAACGCCCCUUUAUUAUGUCAGAAAUUUUCUAGUAAUCGUCAACAAACUUUAAUUUCUUUGAUAAAUAAUAUUUUCUUGUAGUUUCA